UUUGCAUUAAAGUCGUUAAAUAAAACAUCACAAAUAUACAUUUGAAUCAUGACUCCCUACAGCAGCUGGUCACUGUAUAGUUUAUCAAACAAGGGAAUAAAACAUGUAUUGGGGACUAUUUUCAGCGGCGGAUGAAUCCACACGCCGUGCUCUGGUGAGUAAUUGACGGUGUGGUGAGUUCCGUGUGUUCCAGGUGACGGAGGAACGGCAGCGAGGAACAUCCCCCAGUCAACACAUCGCUUGUGUUAUUUAUUGAUGAUGAUGAUGAAACUGGGUCUCAGCGUUUCCCUCCGGCUCUCUGAUGAAACCCUGAAUCUGAGCCCCUCCCUCGUCUCCCAGGGGAAGCUCCGGUCAUGAUCGACUGGUCCAAUGUGACAGCGGCCGGCCCCCAGGAGCCGGGCCGGAAACCCGAGGAGCUGCAGAAGUCCAAAUGUGUGCUGGGCUUCGUCCCCGUGGUCUACUACAGCAUCCUGCUCUGCGUGGGGGUCCCAGUGAACCUCCUGACGGCCGUGGCGUUGUCCCGCCUGGCGUGCCGCACCAAGAAGGCUCUGUACUACUACCUGUUGGCGGUGACGUGCUCGGACAUCCUCUCGCAGCUCUUCAUCAUCUUCGUCGGCUUCCUGCUGGAGACGGCGGUGUUCCACCGCGACGUGCCGCUGCUCCUGCUGCACUCGGUCAGCGCCGCCGAGUUCGCCGCCAACCACGCCUCCAUCUGGUCCACCGUGCCGCUCACCGUGGACCGCUACGUGGCGCUGUGCCACCCGCUGCUGCACCGCCAGAUCAGCUACCCGGCGCGCGCCCGCCGGAUCAUCGCGGCGGUGCUGGCGCUGUCCGUGGCGUCCGGCGUGCCGUUCUUCUGGUGGUCGGACAUGUGGAGGAACAGCCACCCGCCCGGCGCGCUGGACGCCGUGCUCAUCUGGACCCACGUGACCAUCAUCUACUUCCUGCCCUGCAGCAUCUUCCUGGUGCUGAACUCGCUGAUCAUCCACACGCUGCGGGCCGGGCGCCGCGAGGGCGAGCGCGGCCCCGAGCCAGCGCCGCCCCGCCGCCUCGGCAAAACCACGGCCAUGCUGCUGGCCAUCACCUCCGCCUUCUCCGUGCUGUGGGCGCCCAGGACCGCCGUGGUCAUCUACCACCUGCACGUGUCCUCGGUGCACCGGGACUGGCGCGUCCACCUGGCCUACGACCUGUCCAACAUGCUCGCCAUGCUCAACACGGCCGUCAACUUCUUCCUGUACUGCUUCGUGAGCAAGCCGUUCCGCGGCGCCGUGCGGGACGUGGUGCUGCUGCGGGGGGCGGCGCUGUACGCGCGGCGCACGGCGCCUCACGCGCAGGCCGCCAUGAACGCCUCCAUCACCUCGCUGUACGGUGGGAACCACAAGCGCUCGCAGCAGGACUCCGCCCCCUUGUCGCCCCACAGGGCCGGGAAGCCCCCGUGACCCCGUGACCCCGGGACCCCUCCCUCUUGAUGGUUCGCCGUCUCACGGCCCCGUCGCUCUUCUGACCUCCAGAAGCUGCAUUCCGGCUCCGUGGACGGCCGCCAGUCCGCCGGCGGUCGUCGGGGACAGAUUUAUUUUGACAAAUUAAAAACCGCUCAAGUCUUUUUCCAUAUUUGGUCUCAAUGUGUCACGAGGAAGAGGAGGAGAGGAUGUUUGUUCUCUCCGUGGUCAGAUGGGAGGAAGGAGAGUGAAUCAAUUCAUCCACCCGAUCCCUCUUCCAUCAUGUCUGUUCCAAUCAGCCAAUCAGGAGGCAGAGAGGUGGCUCCGCCCCCCCUGAGCAUCGCCAGCAUCUCUUCCCGUCUCCAGCUGCUGAGUCUAUUUACUCUUCAUGAGAUGAGCUGAUGGAGCUCCAACGAGCUCUUCAAACAGCCGCUAA